AUGGAAAUAGCAGCCCAGUUGAGUAUGAAAAACCUGCUCCUCAUUUCAUCUUUCAUCCUCUUCCUAAUCAAACUAGUACUACCACUAACCAAAUCGAAAAAACCCCACCACGGCCAGAACAAGAAGCUGCCUCCGGGCCCGCCGGGACUGCCCGUGAUCGGCCACCUCCAUCACCUGAUCGGGCGUGGGCUUCCCCACCACGCCCUCCACCGCCUAUCCCUCAAGUACGGGCCGGUCGUGCACGUGCGUAUGGGAGAGGUCCCGACAGUGGUGAUCUCAUCCCAGGAAGCCACAAGGGAGGCCCUACGGGACCGCGACAUGGCCCUCUGCGACCGCUUCUCCACCACGGGCAGCGAAGUCUUCUUCUCCAACGAGCUCUUCUUCUGCCUUUACGGCGACUACUGGCGGCAGAUGCGCAAGAUUUGCAUCGUCGAGCUGCUGAGCUUCAAGGGCGUCAGGUCCUUCGAACAGGUCCGGCUGGAUGAAGGACGCCGUCUCGUAAAAUCCCUUCUCCCGGAAAGAGAAGGUUUCCCUGCUGCUGCCGUAGACCUGACCAAGAGGAUGCUCGAGUUUGUGAGCAUGUCGGUUUGCAGGGCGGUGUUUGGGGGUGUCGGGGUGAAGGACCGGGCGGCAAUGGUGGAGAUGAUGAAGGAAGCGGCGACCAUGGCAGCCGGGUUCGAGCUUGCGGAUCUCUUCCCUUCGUUCAAGUUGCUACGUGUGUUGAGCUUGAACAGGGUUAAGCUGGUGAGGAUGAGGCGCAGACUUGAUCGAAUUCUUGACGAGAUGUUGGAGGAGCACAGGAGGAAAGGGAGGAGUGGGGAGUUUGGCGGGGAGGACAUUGUGGAUGUUUUGAUUAGGAUGCAAAGGGAUGGGGAGUUGCAGUUUCCGAUUACCGACGACUAUAUCAAGGGCAUAGUCUUUAACAUGUUUUCUGCUGGAAGUGAAACAUCGGCGGGCACCCUCGACUGGGCGAUGGUGGAGCUUAUGAGAAACCCGGACGUGAUGGCGAAAGCACAGGCAGAAAUACGCAGCGCCCUCAAAGGGAAAAAGUCCAUUGAAGAGAGUGACCUGCAGGAGCUCAAGUACCUAAAACUGGUCAUCAAAGAAACAUUGAGGCUACACCCUCAGGUCCCAUUACUCUUUAGAUCGUGCAGAGAGGAAUGCGAGAUCAGUGGCUAUUCGAUUUCUCCCAAGACAAGAGUCUUCAUCAACUUCUGGUCUAUGGGAAAGGAUCCAAAGUAUUGGGCGGAGCCCAACAUCUUUCGGCCAGAAAGGUUCGAUAACAGCUCUCUAGACUUCUCGGGUAACGACUUCAAAUACAUCCCGUUUGGGUCGGGGAGAAGGAAUUGCCCCGGUAUCAAUUUUGGAUUAGCAAAUGUGGAGCUCCCGCUGGCUAUCCUUUUGUACCACUUCGACUGGAGGAUGCCUGAAGGAAUGGAUCUUCAAGAUAUGGACAUGAGUGAAGAGGCAGGAAUAACCGCCCCUCGGAAACAACAUCUUUUCGUGGUUCCCGUACCUUAUGACUCUUAA